CCUUUAGCUUACUAGUCUCUUCUUGUGUUCACAGGUGUUUAGAGACUUAUAUAGAGAAAGAUGAGCUGGACUGGAGGAGACUGGCUAUGUGGAGCGUGUCAGCACGCAAACUUCAAAAAAAGAGAAGCAUGCCAGAAAUGUGGAUACCCCAAGUUUGGAGGGGUUGAUGUGUCAACGUAUUUGUACAAUAGGACUGAAGUUUUGGCUGGUGAUUGGUAUUGCGGUGCAUUGAAUUGUGGGAGCCACAAUUACGCAAGCCGCACAAGUUGCUAUCGAUGUGGAAUGAUCAAAGUCGAGUAUACAGAUCAGUACUACGGAGCUCAAAUGGUUGCUUACGGGAAUGAUGCCGGAUCUUGUCCUCCCGGCUGGAAAACUGGCGAUUGGGUUUGUCCAAGAGUCGGUUGUGGGGUUCAUAAUUACGCUAGCAGGGUUGAAUGCUUCAAAUGCAAGACAACAAGAGAUUACGGUACGUCAAAUUUCUCCUUCUCAAUCAAGAUAAAACAAUCGAUUAUUCUAAACUAAGCUGAAAUACUUAUCCCACAGAUAACUAUAACUUUAUAUUGCUUUAAAUUAACUAACUUA